AUGCAUCGAUCCUUACUCUCUAUCUCUUACGACUUGUCUCCCGCGUCCUUAGGGAUUUCGGCUGUUCUCGGUGUACUCGUUCUCUAUACAUUCGUCAAGAUGCUUGGCUUCAGUAACCCAAACCAAUUUGUCGUGGAGGGUCGGACGGCGGUGAUCACUGGUGGCUCGGAGGGCAUGGGCAAGGCCGUGGCCUGCCAGCUCGCAGAGAAAGGAGCCAAUGUUGUCAUUGUUUCUCGCACCGUCCAGAAGCUUGAAGAGGCCAUAGAAGCCAUCAAGCGCUCCGCGACGAAUGCCACCAAACAACGGUUUCACUACAUUAGUGCGGACCUCACGAAACCUGAAGAAUGCGAACGCAUUAUGACUGAAGUCACUGAAUUUAAUGAUGGCAUGCCCCCUGAUAUCGUUUGGUGCUGCGCUGGAUAUUGUACUCCUGGGUACUUCAUCGAGACACCCCUCCAAACGCUCAAAGACCAGAUGGAUACUGUUUACUGGACUGCGGCAAACACGGCACAUGCAAUCUUGAAGAGGUGGCUUGUUCCAGUCAACCCUAGCCACCAGAGGCCACUGCCUCGACGCCAUCUUAUCUUCACCUGUUCCACCCUCGCCUUUGUACCUAUUGCUGGCUAUGCGCCAUACUCUCCUGCGAAGGCUGCCAUACGUUCUCUCUCGGAUACGUUGAACCAGGAGAUUGAAAUCUACAACGGAUCGCGUGCCUCGAAAGAACGAUCUCGUGCUACUCCUGCCGACGUCAAGAUUCACACUGUGUUUCCCAUGGGAAUUCUCAGUCCGGGAUUCGACAAUGAGCAGCAGAUCAAACCUGAUCUUACGAAGCAGCUCGAAGCUGCUGACAAGCCACAGACACCCAAGGAAGUCGCUAGGAUUUCCAUUGAAGCCAUUGAACGAGGCGAAUACCUUAUUACUACUAUGUUUGUCGGAAAUUUGAUGAAGGGCUCUGCGCUCGGGUCUAGCCCAAGAAACUCUUGGCUCCGCGAUACGUUCACUGGCUGGCUUAGCAACCUGGUAUUUUUGCAGGUAGUCCCAGACCUUCGGAAGCAGGCUUUUACAUGGGGACAAAAGAACGGUGUUCCGACCUCAUCUUCAGGUUAG